UGAUUGAAGUUAAGCCAAACCGAAACGACAAAGAAAGGGUUUUAUUAGGGUUUAACAUCGCAACAAACAUUACAAAAUAAUCUACUAAAUUUCACCAUGAGAAGAGCUUCGAGUUCGAUUUCAUUUCUUAUACACCUCUCUCGCCACAAGCCUCAAAAAUUAACCCCUCUUCUCGGCAUAAAUUAUAUUUGUGGUCUCACCUCAUCUUCUUCACCGCUCAAAUCCUAUACUAGAAUCCAUGGCUUGUUCUUCAAAACCCACCAAUAUCAAGCAAACCCAUCUAGAAAACUCAACACCCUUGUACAGAGCCCUCCUCAAAUUUCCUCUAGACAGAGAAAAAUCAAAGAAAAAUCUGAUCUUGAAGAGGCUUUUGAGUCCGCUAAGACUACUGAAGAAAUGCUUCAAGCUUUUAAAGAAAUGGAGUCUUCUUUUGAUGAGAGCGAACUUGGUUUGGCUUGUUUGAAAAUGGGUCUCAAACUUGAUCAGCAAGGUGAGGACCCUGAAAUGGCUCUCUCUUUUGCUAAUAGAGCUUUGAAAGUUCUUGAUAAAGAUGAUAACAAUAAUAAACCGUCUUUGCUUGUUGCUAUGUGUUUACAAUUAAUGGGUUCCGCCAAUUAUACCUUGAAAAGAUUUAAUGAUUGUUUGGGGUAUCUUAAUCGAGCUAAUAGGAUAUUGUGCCGGUUAGAGGAAGAAGAUUUUGGUAGAAUGGACGAUAUUAGGCCGGUUUUGCAUGCUGUGCAACUUGAGUUAGCCAAUGUGAAGACUGCAAUAGGAAGGCGGGAAGAGGCUUUGGGGCAUCUUAGGAAGUGUUUAGAGAUUAAGGAGUUGACUCUAGAGGAAGACAGUAGGGAAUUAGGAGUGGCGAACAGGGACUUGGCAGAAGCAUAUAUUGGGGUUUUAAAUUUUAAGGAGGCAUUGCCAUUUGGUUUGAAGGCUUUGGAGAUUCAUAAAAAUGGACUGGGGCAUAAUUCUGUAGAGGUUGCACAUGAUAGGAGGGUUCUUGGGGUUAUAUAUAGUGGGUUGGAAGAGCACCAUCAGGCACUGGAGCAGAAUGAGUUGUCACAGAAGGUUUUGAAAACUUGGGGCCUUAGUUCUGAACUGCUUCGUGCAGAGAUUGAUGCUGCCAAUAUGCAGAUUGCAUUGGGAAAGUAUGAGGAGGCCAUUGAUACCUUGAAGGGUGUUGUCCAGCGGACAGAAAAGGAUAGUGAGACUCGAGCAUCUGUGUUUAUUUCAAUGGCAAAAGCGUUCUGUAACCAGGAAAAAUUUGCUGAUUCAAAGAGGUGUUUAGAAAUUGCCUGUGGAAUUCUAGAUAAGAAAGAAGCAGUUUCGCCACUAGAAGUUUCUGAGGCAUACUCAGAGAUAUCCAUGCAAUAUGAGACUAUGAAUGAGUUUGAGACUGCAAUUUCAUUGUUGAAGAGAACACUGGCUUUGCUUGAGAAACUUCCACAAGAGCAGCAUUCAGAAGGAAGUGUUUCUGCUAGAAUAGGGUGGUUACUUCUGUUGACAGGUAAGGUGCCUCAGGCAAUUCCAUACUUGGAGAGUGCAGCAGAGAGGUUAAAAGAAAGCUUUGGUCCCAAGCAUUUUGGAGUGGGGUAUAUUUACAACAAUUUGGGGGCUGCAUACUUGGAAUUAGAUAGACCUCAUUCAGCUGCACAGAUUUUUGCAGUUGCAAAAGAUAUAAUGGAUGUCUCACUUGGUCCUUAUCAUGCUGAUUCAAUUGAGGCAUGUCAAAACCUUUCUAAGGCAUACAGUACUAUGGGAAGUUAUACCCUUGCAAUUGAAUUCCAGCAGCGAGUAAUUGAUGCCUGGGAAAGCCAUGGACCAAGUGCAGAAGACGAACUCAGAGAAGCUCAUCGUCUUCUUGAACAAUUAAAGAAUAAAGCCCGUGGUGCAUCCACUAUCGAACCUCACACAAGGGCCUUGCCUCUGCCCCAUGCUGAUCUCUCUAGCCAAAGUUCCUAGCCAGAUUUUUUCUGUGAAUCUGAAGCUAGCAAGCAUAGUUAAUUAGACUUGCUUUAUAAGCUAAUUUGAUGCAUGAUAUUACCUCUAUUCUUUUCAAUUUUUUCAUAGUAAUUAUGUAGCAAGUAAAUUAAGUGACUCAAAACAGAUUUUUUUUCUACUUUUUGUUUUGGGAUGCAGAAGUGUUUUUUUUUUGUUAAUAUAUACUUCUGAUAGGACAUGUUUGUUCAUGUGACAUUAUAUAUUUAUGUAUGGACUGAAUGACCUCUCCAGCACCACGGUGUCACAUUGGGAGCAGAUUUGCAGGA